AUGUCUGCCCAACGCAUCGCCAUCUUCACCAUUGACUUCCCCGACCCUCACUUCAUCGACUACGACAACAACCAGUUCCAGUCGCUCAACGAGUCCCUCGGCUUCCGCUACAACAUCCUCAACAACAUCCAGACCCUCUCCACCAAAGGCAUAGACCCCGACCAGGAUCCCUUUGGCAUCCUCUAUGUCCCCCAGGUCUACACUUCCGGCUGCAAAGAGGCCCAGGCCCAGUACGUCCCCGCCAACGCCACGCGCCUAGAAAACCUGCCGAGCGACAAGGACUACGCCCUUAUUGCCGUUGCGCCUUGGUACUCGCCCCAAUGCACCAUCGAGUACUUCACCGAGGCACGCAAGCACUCGACCAAAGCCUUCAUCACCUACCUGCCCGGCGAUAGCAAUGCAAAACCCCCCGUGCUCAACGAUGCCGCAUGGAACCUCGAGGAUGGCGGAAGCUGGCAGUCGCGCAACAAUUUCCCAACCUAUGCCGUUUCCUCCAUGACUGGAUCCAACAUCAUGGACCAGCUGAACCUCUACUCUGGAAACUUGAGUGACGUACCCCACGCAGAUCAACUGUCCCAGAUAUACAACACGACCGACUAUAUCCGCCUCUGGGCCAACAUCGGUACAGACUCUACCAGUCAACUUCCCAGUCUCUGGGUCUUCCUUGUCAUCGUACUGGCCAUCCUGCUUGUUGCUGUUAGUUUCACCUCUGUCGUUAUGCACAUCAUCCAGCGAAGACGUCGCAACGACCUUCGCCAACGCGUUCUCAACGGCCAGGUCGACCUCGAAGCACUGGGUGUAAAGCGUCUCAACGUGUCGCAGCAAGUACUCGACAAGCUACCAAUACACACCUUUUCUGGAAGUGGUUCGAGUCACUCAGAAAAGGCCAACCCGGAACCCCUCACGUCAUCAAACGCCGGCCCAUCUUCUGCUGCAAAUGCCGAGACUGGUCACAAACCCACUCUAACUCGUCACUCAUCUGCCCCCGAACUACCAAAAUCGUCCAUGUCCAGUUGUUGGUCACAACCCACUUGUCCCAUCUGCAUGGAUGACUUCGAGCCAAACGAAUCUCAAGUUCGAGAGCUCCCUUGCCACCACAUCUUUCACCCCGAGUGCAUCGAUCCCUUUCUACUCGGUCACUCAUCAUUGUGUCCCAUGUGCAAGCGGAGCGUGUUGCCAACGGGCGUGUGCCCAGUCAAGAUCACAAACAUCAUGGUCCGGCGGGAGCGGCACAUCAACCGCAUCCGGGCGCGCAGUGCCCGUGCAGGGAACGCCCAACCAAGCUCAACUACGGCUAUGAAUCUGGACCCAUCAGCAUCACCGGCCUCGCCCGCUCGACCGCCAAUGGCUCAGGCAUCACUCGGUAGUCGAAUUGGCGGAGCCAUCACAGGACGCAGAAUCUUUAGCGCGCCACACCGAACGCAAUCUCGACCAAGUGACAUUGAAAUGGCAAUGACGUCGCCAUCAGGCCCUCCAGCACCACAUUUGCCAGCCAAUGCAUCGUCUUCGCAACAAUUCCAAAACUGCGACCCUGCGCAAAGUCGCAGAGAAUGGGCCCGACAACGGGCUCUGGCCAUGCUUGGCCCUCACCAAGCACCCACCAGCGAUGAAGACGAAGAGCAAAAUCUUCCAAAAUGGAGGCGCAUUCUUCGCAAAGUCUUCCCAACCUAG